AUGGACGGAGCCGCGAAAUUCCUUCAAAGGAAAGGCUACAUUGUGACGACACAUCCCAAAGACAAAAACUCAUUUUAUUACAGUCUUCAAACUGCACUUAAUACAGAGAAUGGAAAAAAUGUAAAGCAAAUGCGUGACGAGGUAUUCAAACUUGAAGUGGAUAAUGCUUUGUACUUCCACCUAUUUCAUCCACAGUGUGUUAGCUGCGAUGGGACAACACACCCUAGAGAUUGUCUAUCUAGUGAUCUGGAAAGGGUUAAAAAAGAAAAGAAAUAUGUCUCUCCCCGAGAAGUUUAUGCUGCAGCAGAACUUUUACAACAAAACAUAUUUCUUAUUCGUUAUGAUAGAUCUCGCAGCGAGGACAUGCUUGGAUUUCGGGGGUACAUCUUUGCUCCUAGUAUCAGAAAGUGUCUUGAUUCAGAGCCAGUAUAUAUUCUGAUGAUUGAAAAUCAAGACGGUUCGGUAGAAUUCGGCAAUCUUGAUUUCAGAGAUCACAAUAAAGAUCUGAAGUCUUGUCCCUGGGAUCUGGUGAAUGAAGAGCACAAAAAUUGUUUUGGCUUACGAUUCAGAAAUAGUUUUCGUUUGCUCUUUGAUGGAAGUGUUAGAUAUGGAAUAAAAGAUGACGUCAAAGAUUUGUAUCGUCGUCUGAGUUUGGAAUUCUAUGGCAACGAAGAUUACCAUGAUCGCAUACUUAAUAUUAUUUGUAACUUUGAACUGGAAGAGGACAAUCUGGAUCUAUUUUGCAAGUACGCAGAUAAUACCAUCAAUGAAGAAACAACUGUUUCCGAAAAAGAGAGACUUUUGAAGAUACACACAGAGAAAGCAAAAAAUCGACAGAAACCUCCCAGUGAUGGAGAACUUUAUGCCAUAUCGUCAGUUUUCAACGUCGACAUUGUUGUUGAUAAAAUGUGCAGAGGUGACUGGGAAACCUAUAUGUCAGUCGCAUGUACAUAUGCCUGCUGCUUUAAUUCUCCAAUCCUUCUGCGCCUGCAGACGAGUCGUGGAGAAUACAUGCCGUAUGUUACAGCGCCAGGAGAAUGCUCUUGUCGCCAGAAAAAGCCAGAAAUACAAGGUCACAUUGGAAAAAUCAAAGAUGAUAUCCACAAAGCAGUGUUAAGAAACCCAUGUUGUCCCCCGAGUGGGAAACACCAAAAUCACACACAUCUAAAAAAUAUUCCAAACUGCAGGACAUUUUGGCCUGAACGAAUUGAUUAUAUUAUCCCCACGGAAGACAUACAUUUGAUAACAGUUCGACUAUUGGCUGAAGAACGACGACUUGAUCAAAUAAAUGGUGGAAAUGGCACUUUAUCCAAGGCCUUGUCUAAAGAAUUGUACGGGGAUGAAAGUCAAUAUUUUUCAAGUGACCUUCAGGAUGCCUUAGGAAACGAGACUCUGAAUUUCGAUGAAAAGAUGCAAAGAAUUUCUGAUUGGUUGGCUGUCUCCAUAUACGUAUACCAUGGUAUUGCAAAUCUAAGCCAGUUGAACUACUCUCAAGGGUUUUUCUGGACAAAAUAUGAACCCGCUCGUUCACGUUCAGUCCAGCUUGGUGGGAAAAAAGAAUGCAGGUUUUAUAUUACGCUAUUCUACAAUCGUCUUAAUGGUUCUUUUGAUCGGAUAAUACCCCUUAGAGGCUGUAACUGUGAAAUUCCACCACCUCUUUCCUUACUUCGAAACUACCAGGACAUGGAGUCUCAGUUUGUAUUUUGUGUGUACCCAAAACAACGCCACCACCCUCUGACCACUUUCCUAACAGAAGGCCCUAACAAAAAAAUGUUCAUGAUGGAAAUAAGAGAUUUCCCGGUUUGUACGCCGUACUCUUCGCUGCGCAUAGUGAUGCAAAGAAAUGAUAUGAAAGGACGAACCAUUGACUCCAUUCAGUUUUUCGAACACUCUCUACUCCGAUGCUUAAGCAAAGAAAUCUUUGGUACUGAACAACAUGCAGAUCUAUUACUGAAAGAACUAUGCGAGGAAUUAUUGCAAAAUAUUAAUCCUUACUUACAGGUCCUUGGAGAAAAUAUCAUUCAUUCUUACGAGGUAACAUUUGGAAAUUUACCACAGGGUAAAAAAGACAGCCAAAAACUGGCAAAGUUUGUGAUUGGGAGAAUGGAGUAUGAUCUUCCUUGCGAUGAUCUAUUGUUAUGGCUUGCCUGUACAUUUUUCCAAACUGAUAUUUACGUCCUUCGGGUCAAGGACACAAAAACGUCAACAGAAAGUUCCUGGACAGAGUACUCAAAGCUUAGAACCCGAAGGAGGAAUCCAGAGAAGACUAAAUGUUUCACAAGAAAAUGUCCCCAGAAUAAAACGCCCUAUAUUUCUCUUCUGCAAACAGGAAGCAAACAGUUUCACAGAAUUGUUCCAAAAAUGGCUUGUUGUAAUUGCGUUUUAGAUAUACCAGAUGUUUCAACUACUGAAGCUGACUCCACGCCAUACCAUACACAGCAAGACUGCAACCUGAUGAGAGAAAUAAGAGUAGUUGAUACUUUAUUGGAAACAGCAUGUGUAGCCGUAGAGCAGUGGCUCUUGUGUAGUCAGAUUCUGCAGAGAAGAUGUGAUUUGGUGAUAAGUGAAAUUGAGGGUCGCCGCAAAAAUGUUAAUAUCGCAACAAUAUCGGGUUCUGGGGCUGGGAUUUUAGGAGCAGUAUUGACAGGUGUUGGAAUAGCGCUCUCACCGGUUACUGGAGGAAUUUCUCUACUGGCUGUAGGGGGAGGGGUUCUGGCAGUUUCAGGAGGAACAAUUGCUGCGGGAGCAAAGAUUACUGAAAAUUACCUGAACAGUGGUAGAGUAGACACAUUAAAGCGGUACCAAAACUGUUACCAGGAGAGAUUUGAGCGCUUACAAAAUGUAAUAGAGGAAUUGAAAGGGGAAAUAAAAAGGCUGGCGGAAGUGUCGACUGAAAUCAGAACCAAUCAGAAUAUUGAGGCAUCUGACUUCGCCGCAGGGAUUCAGAGCUUACCGGGUAUUUUAAGAACCGUGAAAGGUUUAGCAAUGAUCCCCAUAAGCCUGCUUAAGGUGUCAGCCAGAGGGAUAACAAUUCUUGGUGCAGUCAUUGGGCCGCUAACGGCGUUGUUUGAUGCAGGUCUAUUGGCAUUCUCGGCUUAUAAUAUGGCGAAAGGAAACCGAACUGAUUUGACGGAAAACCUUCGUCGAAUAUCAGUAUCUCUAUAUGGAGCUAGAAGGCAGAUGCAUAACUGGGCGUACGGGAAUGGGAGACCUUUCUAUUACGACUAAAGAAAAAGAUCUACGGAGCACAAAGACUAUGUCGAUUAAAGAAAUUGUCAUAGUUUGAUGAGUAUCAUUAGACAAAUGAUUUUAGAUUAUCAAGUAUCAGUAAAUGUAAUAAUAUGUAGAUGAUCGUUGGAACAAUACCAUUCUGUAUUUAUGUGAUGUUGUCAGGAGUAAUUUAUGUGUUUAACAUUUCUUCCUCUUUGCUCAAAAUUGAGGAUAAAUUUUGAACAAUAACUUGUUAAAAAUAAGUAAAUGGAUGGAAUUGUAUUAGAUCCAUCAAAAUGAAAUCAUUAAAAAUGUAUUUUCACUUGAAAAAUUAGCUGUCAAUCCGAUUUUUUGUUGUGAUUUAAAUGGAGGAUACACAAUGAUGAAAUUUAUUUCCCGAAUUUUUUUCAAGAUAUUUUCCCGAGUUCUUAGUUUGAACAACUAAACAACUUUAAUUUAAACAUGUGACAAAAAUUAAUGUUAAAAUACAAAAGAAUAGAUUUAACAUUGAGAAAUAGUUGUUGCGUUAUUUUUCACAUUUGUUAACAUAUUUUUGUUAAUUUCACUGUGUGUAAAGAAUACGUCUAAAAUGAUCCUUUUUAUUCAAAUUAAA